AUGGAAGAAAAGAGAUCCGGGAGCUUAUACGGUGGAUCUCUUAUUGUGCCUAGUGUUCAAGAAUUAGCCAAGAAGCCUAUAACCGCCAUCCCAGCUAGAUACAUACAGACUCGUCAUCAUGAACAACAAGACGAUGUCAUGUUCAAUCCUGAUCAUGGUCAAGCUGAAAUACCAUUCAUCGACAUGCAGAAGCUGCUUUCUCAAGAAUCGACUGAUUCCGAAUCUGAGUUAGCUAUGCUCCAUUUUGCUUGCAAAGAGUGGGGUUUCUUUCAGUUGGUAAACCAUGGUGUGAGCUCUUCCUUGAUGGACAAAGUAAAGAUAGAAAUUCAAGACUUCUUCAACCUAGCCAUGGAAGAUAAGAAAAAGCUUUGGCAAACCCCAGGAGACUUGGAAGGUUUUGGACAAGCCUUUGUAGUUUCAGAAGACCAAAAACUCGAUUGGGCUGACAUUUUCUUCAUGACCACCCUUCCAGUCGAAAUGAGGCGGCCUCACCUAUUCCCAAACCUCCCUUCUCCUUUCAGAGAGACCUUAGAAGUUUACUCAUUGGAACUGAAGAACCUAGCCUUGACUAUCCUAUCACAAAUGGAAACUGCUUUGCAAAUGGAAGCCAAGGAACUGACCAAGUUAUUUGAAGAUGGAAUGCAAUCAAUGAGGAUGAACUAUUACCCUCCAUGUCCUCUUCCGGCGGAAGUCAUCGGUCUUACACCUCAUUCUGAUUCUGUAGGUCUCACCAUCCUCCUACAAGUGAAUGAAAUGGAUGGUCUCCAAGUAAAGAAAGAUGGGAUUUGGGUUCCUGUUAAGCCACUACCAGAUGCCUUUAUUGUCAACAUUGGAGACAUUUUAGAGAUUCAAACAAAUGGGAUUUAUCGAAGCAUUGAGCAUCGUGCAACAGUUAACUCUGUAAAAGAACGGCUGUCAAUCGCCACAUUUCACAACCCAGCACUUGAUGUUGAAAUUGGUCCGGCUAGCUUGGUCACUGAGCAAACACCUGCAGUAUAUAAAAGGGUGGGAGUUCAAGAUUAUGUGAAAGCCCUUUUUGAACGUAAGCUUCAAGGAAAGUCUUUUCUUGAAGAACUUAGGAUAAAGUAAGAUGGUGGUGAGAUUUAGACAAUCUGUGAGCGUGGAAUUGCAACCAUGUAUUAGUGGUAUCUAAUUUUCUGAAGAAAUAAACCAAAGCCUACCAGUGCAGAUGGUGUCCAACUGAUGAAGUGUGCCCUGCCAAUAGAGUUUAUUUUGUUGGUUGCUCUUGAAAUGUGAAGAGGUUGCUGCCCUUUAAUAUCAUUUCAAAUAUAUAGCCCUUUACUAUCUAAUAAAUGAGAAUAAUCAUGCCCUAGCUGAUUAUGAUCCUCAUCAUUAGUACCUCCAGUCUCUUAAUUAUAAAUAAAUUGUUGCAACUAAUGUGAUGUGAAAGUUAUAAACUCAUCUCUUAUAAGUUCAUCUUCUUCUUUC